AUGCAUGGAGUAGCUGCUACUCUUACUCAUUCCGAACCAACCUCGGAUGCUGAUCAGGCCCAGAAAGAUAUCUGGACACAUGCUAAUAAGGUUUGCAGACACACUUUUAUCAGUACUUUAUCUAACGAUCUGUUCGAUGUGCACUGUAUCUAUAAGGAAGCACACAAAAUACGGGAAUCUCUUAUCCUCAAGUACACUGCUGAGGAUGCUGGGAAGCAGAAAUUUGUAGUGGGGAAUUUCUACAAAUGGGAGAUGACUGAAGAGAAAGAUAUCAAGCUUCAAAUCAACGAGUACCACAAAUUACUGGAGGAGCUUCGUGCUGAGAAGAUCAACUUACCAGAUGAGUUCGUAGCUAGCAUACUGAUCGAAAAGCUACCGAAGACAUGGAACACAAACAGAAAGGCUAUACAAGCUGCGAAAGGAAAGGAAAUAGCUGCCAAGGCAAACCUGAUGGAAUUGAAACCGCGCUCCAAGAGGUAUGAUUCUAAAAACAAAAAUAAUAAAAAUAAGAAAUCUGAUUACAAAUCCAAGGACUCUAACCCCAAAUUCAAAAAGAAAGGAGAUGAUGGCAGUGAUGAUAAAGUCAUAGCUGCAGUGGUGUCUCAAGCCCUCGUUGUGACUGAUGUGAAGAAAUGGGUAGUGGAUUCAGGAGCCACUAAGCACAUUUGUGCAAACAGAGAGAUGUUUACCUCCUUUGAAGAAGGGGAAGACCACAUCUACUUUGCCAACUCUCAAACUACUAAGGUUCAGGGAAAAGGAAAAGUGGUACUGAAACUCACAUCAGGAAAGACCUUGGCACUGAAUGACGUUCUGUAUGUCCCUGAUGUUAGGGCAAACUUAGUCUCUGUGGCACUGCUCGGGAAAGCUGGGGUUAGAGUGUCGUUUGAGUCUGACAAGGUUGCAUGA